AUCAAUAAAGUAUAUUGAAGGCUGUGCCACUUUCUAUGUGGAACAAGGAACAAUAAUAACUGUUUGAAUACUGCCAAAAAUAUUUGAACACACAAAGUUUCUUUAGAAAGUCUUGGAAAAUGGAUUCCUCAAAAGACUCAGCGGACGCGGGUUACGUCAUAUGUUCUUCUGUAACAGAUAUAAAAGCGCAUGAGCAAGAAAAAUAUGAAGAUGAGAAUCCAGGAAAUGUGUAUAUGGAAUUAGGCACCCCAGAUUAUGAAAAAAUUCAGGACUCUGCAGUUAUUUUGAAACCAAAGAAGACAGAUAAAGGGUAUAUGAUGCCUGUUGAAAUUCACGAUCCGGGAUAUUCCAAAUUAAAUAACAACUCAUCGGAUUCGCCAUAUGAAUUACCAGUGCAUGUUGUUCGACCUUUUCAAAAUGAGACGUCGAGCAAGAAAACCUCAAAUUUAACAGACACCUCCUUUCAUAAAUCGGAAUCAAAACCGCCCCUACCAGAAAGGAAUCAGGUCAAAUCCAAACGAAGCAAGAGGCCAUUUUUGAUUGGCUGUGUCAUUUUCAUUUUGACGAUAAUUACCUGCUCCUUGGUGACUGUGGUGGUUUUGUACAUCAACAAAAAAGGUAAACAUAUCGUAAAUUACCUUUUUGAAUAA